UUUUUGAAAGUUUGAAAGAAGAAAAAAACUACUUCUCUCUCUCCCACACUUCAUACUUCACCACCUUCUUCCACACUCUUCUUCCAAGAACAACACUUCAACCCUAAAUCAAAACCCGUCGUUUCCCUCUUCAUAAUCCCUAAAAACAAAACCUUCAUUUUCACUGAGACAUUUCAUCAAACACCAUGUCAGCAAAAUGGAGAGCACUGCAACACCGUCACAAAUACACCUACAACGCUGUCGUUUUCCCAUCUUCCUUCCUCAAUUCCCUUUCCCUAAACCCUAACCCUGAUUCCCCUUUUCAUCUCAACCUUCUCCAUUUCACUACCAUCACUUCAACUUACUCUCAACUUCCCCAAUCCAAAAACCUUGCUUCUUCAUUCAUCAAUCUCAUCAAUGAUUCCAAAAUUGAAAAACCCGAAAUUGUUUUUGCGUCGAAAGUUUACUUUGAGAUUUUGUUUUUGGAAAAUUCUUCACCUUUGCAUAGAACCCUUUUGGGGAUUUUGCCAAAGGUUAAAUUUUUUCAUGAUUUGUUAUCUGGGUGUUUUAGGGAGGUUUUGGAGGAGUAUAGUAAUGGGAGAGGGAAACGGUUUUCGGUGUCACGUGUUGCGCUUUCGGUUAUGGGGUUGGCGAAAUUGGGGUUUUUGAAUGAUGUUGUUGAGAUUUGUGCUGUUUUGGUUGCUGGUGAUGUUGUUAGGAGUUUGAAUGGUGUUGUUUCCGAGUCGAAUGUUGAUUCGUCUCGUCCUUCACCGAUUGUGAUGGAACAAUGUCAGGAGGGUAUGUCUUGUUUGUAUUACUUGCUUCAGAAGUUUCCUUUGAAAUUUAGUUCUGGUGGCGAAAAUGGUGUUGGAGUUGAUGGUUUCUCGAGUGUGAUGGAGGGGGUUGUGAGUGUUGUUUUGAAUUUGAUGGGCUCUGAUGCUUUUUCUAGGGAUUGUUUUGUUGCUGCCGGUGUUGCUCUUUGUGCUGCUCUUCAAGUUUGUAUUAAUUCAGAAGAGCUUGGUUUGGUUUUGAUUCAAGGUGUUUUUAAUUUGAACAUUUCAGAUUCCAGUAGUGAUAGUGAAUUUAUGAUUGCUGUUAGGAAGAUUCCUUGUAAGGGUGAUGAUGUUUAUUGUAGGAUAUCUAAGCUUUCUGUUCUUAGCAGGAUUUGUUUGAUUAGAGGAAUUCUUACUGCGGUUUCUAGAAACUUGCUUAAUACUCAAUUUGAUGUUGUGAAUGGUUGUGAGGCUCGAGAUAACGGUGUAGGGAGUAAUAAGAAGACUAUAUUGUAUGAUGGAAUUUUGCCUGAGCUGUGUAGACAUUGUGAGAGUCCUGUUGAUAGUCAUUUCAAUUUUCAUGCAUUGACUGUGAUGCAGAUUUGUUUGCAGCAGAUUAAAACGUUGAUGUUGUCAAAUCUCACUGAUAUGUCGGGAGACUAUGAUCCUAUUCCAGAGGAAAUGGUGAUGCGGAUACUUAGGAUUAUUUGGAAUAACUUGGAGGAUUCUUUGAGUCAGACGGUGAAACAGGUUCAUCUCAUUUUUGAUCUUUUUAUGGAUAUUCAAUCGUCCCUGCGUUGGUCAGUGGGUGGGGAACAAAUUAAAGGGUUUUUGGGGAAGAUUGCAGCAGAUCUUCUUUCGUUGGGGUCUCGAUGUAAGGGUAGAUACAUUCCUUUAGCAUUGCUAACAAAGAGGUUGGGAGCGAAGAAAAUGUUGGAUAUGUGUCCAGACCUUUUGUUCGAGACAAUACAUGCUUAUGUCGAUGAUGAUGUGUGUUGUGCCGCAACGUCGUUUCUGAAGUGCUUUCUUGAAUAUUUGCGUGACGAGUGCUGGGAGACGGAUGGUAUUGAAGGUGGGUAUGCUCUCUAUAGAGGGUAUUGUCUUCCCCCAGUUCUGUAUGGGUUGGCCUCUGGAUUCUCAAAACAUCGCACCAAUAUAAACACUUAUGCUCUGCCAAUUUUACUAGAAAUUGACGUGGAUAGUAUAUUUCCUAUGCUUGCUUUUGUCUCAGUUGGGCCAGAUGGGGAUGAAAAGGGACUGCAAUAUCCAGGAAUUGUUUGUUCAAACUUGGAAUUGAAUCUUGAACAGAAAAUUGCAAUUCUAGUUUCCUUGCUUAAGGUAUCUCGAUCUCUAGCUUUGGUUGAAGGGGACAUUGAUUGGUGUGAAAGUCCUUCAACAAAUGAAGAAAAGCGUGAGAUCGGAACACAAAGCCAUGCUCUUGUAUGCAUUAAGGGAAUAGAUUUUAAGAUCCGUGUUCUGUGGCUAGUAAAUGCAUUGACCCAUGUGGAUGAGUCACUGCGUGUAGAUGCUGCCGAGUCUCUUUUCUUGAACCCGAAAACAUCCAGUCUUCCUUCUCAUUUAGAGCUCACUUUAUUGAAGGAAGCUGUUCCUUUGAAUAUGAGGUGUUGUUCCACAUCUUUUCAGAUGAAGUGGGGCAGCUUGUUCCGUAAGUUCUUCUCUAGGGUUCGAACAGCCUUAGAGAGACAAUUCAAGCAAGGAAGUUGGAACCCUCUCGAGCGUAUUAAAUGUAGUGAAGAAGCACGUCCUUUGGAUGGGAACAAGGAAUUGACAAUGAAAAGAGCUGACGAUCUUUUCCACUUCAUGAGGUGGUUGAGUGGCUUCUUGUUUUUCUCAUGCUAUCCUUCUGCUCCUUACAAGAGAAAAAUAAUGGCAACGGAUCUCAUCUUGAUUAUGAUAAACACUUGGUCGAUUAAGUCAUCGAUAGUUGAGGAGUUUGAUAAUUUUGUGUCGGAAAAUCAUCUAUAUCCUUACAGCAAGGGAAUGACAUCUUCUGAUUCAACCCUAUUGUUGGUUGCUUCCAUUGUUGAUAGUUGGGACAGGUUGAGAGAGAGCGCAUUUCAGAUAUUACUCCAUUAUCCGAACCCACUGCCUGGAAUUUCAAGUGAACAUAUGCUGAAGAAGGUAAUUGCUUGGGCUAUGAAAUUAGUUUGCAGUCCACGUGUAAGGGAAAGUGAUGCCGGUGCUCUAACCUUGCGGCUUAUAUUUAGAAAGUAUGCGAUUGAUCUAGGUUGGUUGAUUGAAGAUCCAUUCCAUAUUUCCUAUUUAAGCUCAAAAUCUGAAUUGGUAAAUGGGGUUAAUCAGUCUAGUAAAUCAAAGAAUCCUGUGAUACUAUAUUUGAAAUCCAUGAUUGACUGGCUGGAUGUUGUUGUAAGAGGUGGAGAGCAAGAUCUUACUAAAGCAUGCAAGAACAGUUUUGUCCAUGGUGUAUUACUUGCUCUACGUUAUGCUUUCGAGGAGUUGAACUGGAAUUCUGAUGUGACAUCAUCGAGCAUAUCAGAGAUGAGAUAUUUGCUCGAAAGACUUUUAGACCUUGUGGUGAGGAUAACUUCGUUGGCACUAUGGGUGGUUUCUGCAGAUGCUUGGCAUCUUCCCGAAGAUAUGGAUGAGAUGGUUGACGACGAUAAUCUUUUGUUGGAGGUACCAGAUCAUGAGAAUGAGCACACACCUUCAUCUGAAUAUGAGAACAAUAAUUCAAAGCCUUCCCACGAUAACAGAGCAUCAGAACAGAUUGUCAUGGUUGGUUGUUGGCUGGCUAUGAAAGAGGUGAGCCUUCUUUUGGGGACUAUUGUGAGAAAGGUACCAUUGCCAAAUGCAUGUUCGGAUUCGUCUGAGCUGGAGGGGGCUUCUAUUGACACUGUGGACUGUUCAUCUGAUUCUGUGCUUGAUUUAGAACAACUAGAAACAAUUGGAAAUCAUUUUUUAGAAGUUCUCUUGAAGAUGAAGCAUAAUGGUGCUAUUGAUAAGACACGUGCUGGGUUCACAGCUCUUUGCAAUCGCUUACUUUGCUCAAAUGACCCAAGGCUUCAUAGAUUGACAGAGUCAUGGAUGGAACAACUUAUGCAAAGAACUGUGGCCAAAGGACAAGUAGUUGAUGACUUACUGAGAAGAAGUGCUGGAAUACCAGCUGCAUUUACUGCUCUGUUCCUAUCAGAGCCAGAAGGUACACCAAAGAAGCUCCUCCCAAGGGCAUUAAGGUGGCUUAUUGAUGUGGGAAAUGGGUCUAUGUUGAAUCAGAUCGAAAGUGAUAGCUCGAAAGACAACCUAUGCAAGUCAAAUGGUUCGAUGAAAGAAAAUAAUUCAACGCAGGAAGCUGAGAGAAAUGCGAGAGAGAUGUCAUCAAAGAUCAGAGAUGAAGGUGUCAUUCCUACAGUGCAUGCAUUUAAUGUUCUAAAAGCUGCAUUCAACGAUUCUAACUUGUCUACUGAUACGUCUGGUUUUUCCGCUGAGGCUAUGAUUUUGUCUAUUCGCUCUUUCUCGUCUCCUUACUGGGAAAUCAGAAAUAGUGCUUGUCUGGCUUACACUGCUUUGGUUCGUCGCAUGAUUGGAUUUCUUAAUGUUCACAAGCGAGAAUCAGCACGACGAGCAAUAUCUGGGCUUGAGUUUUUUCAUAGGUAUCCAUCACUGCAUUCAUUUCUUUUCAAUGAACUGGAAGUUGCAACCGAGUUUCUGGGUCCUACAUCCUCAGGAGAUUUAGAAUCUAUUAGGGGAAAUAAUCUGCAUCCGAGUUUAUACCCGAUUCUGAUUCUUUUAUCAAGGCUGAAGCCUUCAUCAAUUGCUGGGGAAAGAGGAGAUGAACUAGACCCUUUUCUCUUAAUGCCAUGGAUUAGAAGGUGCUCAACCCAAAGUAAUUUACGAGUUCGUGUUCUUGCAUCUAGAGCUCUAACAAGUCUUGUAUCAAACGAGAAGUUGUCAUCAGUCCUUCUUAGUAUUGCCUCCGAGCUUCCCUGUGUUGAAAACUCUGACAAAUCAGGUUCCCAUGGGAUUUCCUACAACCUUAUUCAUGGAAUUCUCCUGCAGUUGAGUUAUCUGCUGGAGGUAAAUUGUAGUAAUCUUGCUGAUAACUCGAAGAAAGAUCUCAUUGGUGAGUUGAUCCAAAUUCUUACACAGCGAUCAUGGAUUGGAAGACCUACUCAAUGCAGGUGCCCUAUCCUCAAUGAAACAUUCAUAAAAGUUCUUGAUCAAAUGCUCAAUAUUGCAAGGACAUGCCAUGUAACCCAACAAUUUUUAACCAUUCGCAACCUGCUUUUGGAGUUGUCCACAGAAUGCUUAGAUUUGGAAUCUUACGGACAGCCUUAUUACGAUGCAACCAUUGCUGAACUCCGUGAACAAGCAGCCAUUUCCUAUUUCGGUUGUCUGUUUCAAGCAUCUAAAAACGAGGAAGAGUCAAUCCAUUCACCACUGAGACAUUCUCUUCCAAGUGCAAAAUCAUUGCCUAAACAUGAAAUGGAGGACGCAUCCUCUGGUAUUUUGCAUAGGUUGAUUCGCUGCAUGUCAGACUCGUUGUAUGAAGUUCGACUUGCAACACUGAAGUGGCUUCUGAAGUUCCUGAAAGCGGCAGAAUCUGAUGGUAAACUCUGUGAUCUUUCCAUUGAUCACAUUAGUGUUAUUCACCUCUGGGCAAUAACUAAUCUUCAUGGAACAUUGGUGAAGAUUUUGGCAUCAGAGAAGAACCACAAAUGUAAGUAUUACAUUCUGAGGAUCCUUGUAGCUUGGAAUUUGCUGCAAUUUGAAAAAGCUAGCCACGAGAAGUGCACCGACACAAGUUAUGUUGGUGAAAUGGACUUUGAUUCCGUGUCACAAUUCUGGAACGACUUAGUUUCCUUGUACAAUCAAACAAGACAUGCAAAGACCCGAGAAACCCUUGUUUACUGUCUCGGAGUAUGUACUAAGAGAAUUACAAUGUUAUUUGCAAGUUCUUUUCCAUCCAAUAAAGGAAUGGAGUUUGUGGUUUGUGGCGAAAUGAAUCAGGAUAUGUUAAGUUGGUUGUUUGAUUGCAUUGUUUAUUUCUGUAACAUGAUUAAACAAUGCAGUUCACCAUCUGAACAGACAAGUAUGCGCCAUGCAGCAGCUGGAUCCUUGAUAGCGUCUGGUAUACUAGGACAGGCCACACUCCUUGGCUCGAUUGUUUACAAUGAUCAUAUUCCCUCUGCCACAUCAUCACCUUGUUUUGUGAAAAAUGGAAGUUUGAAUUCGUAUGCUCAUCAUGUGCUUAAUGAAUGGUUCACAUGCAUCAAGCUUUUGGAAGACGAAGAUGACUCGGUUAGAUUGAGCCUUUCCUCAGAUGUUCAAAAAUAUUUUACUUCAGAAAGAACUGGGAGCAACGUUCCUCAUGAAUUGGUUCCGAUCCAAGUAGAUAGAGUGAUAAGAUUCUGUUUUGAUCAUCUCUCUUCUAUUUUUGGUCACUGGAUUGAUUACUUCAACUACCUUUGUCAGUGGGUAUUACAAGCUGAAAGCAAUGUAUCGUUCGAAGGAGAUCUUGUGAGGAGAGUUUUCGACAAGGAAAUCGACAACCAUUAUGAAGAGAAGCUGUUGAUCAGCCAAAUUUGUUGCUCAAAUAUGGAAAAGCUACCUAUUUUGAAGUCAUGGGCCGACAAAGACGAACUAGUGAGAUAUUUGCAUGGAUGGAGAAGUAGAUUUUCCCGUCAAUUGGUGUCGUAUGCCGAAAACAUUACCGAGAAACAGGAGAAGAUUGAUUGGAUAGGAGGCGUAGGUAACCACAAAGAUACAUUUUUACCCGUAUACGCAAAUUUACUUGGUUUUUAUGCUCUUUCAAACUGCAUUUUCAUUGUCUCUGACAAUAACGAUGCCGAACUUCUAUCUGAUUUAGUUGUGCUUGGAAGAGCUAUUAAUCCAUUUCUUAGAAACCCUUUGGUUUCUAAUCUAUAUAAGCUAGUCCUAAAGUCACACGAGAAAGUAAUGACAGAUGAUGUUGCUAGCAACCUGCUCCUUGAAAUGGGAAAUCACUCUGUUUGGGAUAGCUUCAAUCCUUAUUUUCUUCUUGGCUAGGGUUUGUAUACUAGUUGUAAUUUUACAUGAGAAGUGGUAUCCAGAAGAAAUUUUGUAUUAGAUUGUUAUAAUCUAAUUUUUUUCAGGCCAUUGAUUAAGUUUUGUAGAUUAUUGUAUUGUUACAUGUUAUUGAUCAAAAGUUGUGAUUCAUGGAUUCAUUGAUGGAAAGAUUUUACCCUCAAUGAAACUAUGGUUGAAAACCAUUUUGAAGAACUGUUACAUUUGUAUCCCCA